AGAAAAAAUUAAUUGCCGAAGGUUAUAAAAAUGGGAGCGUGAUCGAAAAGAAUUAGGCAGUCGACUACAGACAACUUUUGAGCACAUACCGGUAGCCGUUUCUACUUUCUAGACGACAGAAUAAUUCAGAAUGUUUCUCAGAUUUCUAGUCGCUUUCUUCUUGUUGUAUGUCGUCCAUGACGAUGUUUUGGGUGCCGAUAUGUCGUAUGCAAAUGUCGCCUAUCCCAGCUCUGCCCUCACUUGUGAAUCUGACGCUGCUCCCGUGGAUAAUUCAACGAAUGCACUGAGUGACAGUGAAAUCGAUGCCAGGAAAUUUACGAAUGCCGAGUUGAAAUUCAAGAAGCUGGAAGUCAGUGUCCCAGACGAAGCAUCACCUGUGGAAAAAUCGGAUAAAAAAGAUGUCAAGUACCAAGUCGAAAGUGAUAGCAUUCCGCUCAAUUCUCAGGAUUCAUUCCAAUCUUCUUUCUUGGGACGUCUUUUUCGAGCACAAAAAUAGAGCCUAGAAAGUAGAAACGUCGAAGGAUUUCGAUGAGUAAUUUCGAACAGAACAAAAAAAUUAUUUAUUUGUGUCCUAUUUUUUACCUGAAUGUAUAAAAUUGUCCUCUUUUAGCUUAACUUGAAAUACACUGCAGUAAUUUUAACUAAAAAAAAG